UUCGCAAUUAUGGUGUAAUUCUAUUUCUUUUUUUUAAUAUUUCAUUUUUUCUUUUCCAAAUUGUUCCGACGUAAGAAGAAAAUCGAGAGUGCGUCUAAAACGGAGAUGGAGGAGUUGAACAACAAAUUGGUCAAUUAGCACUGCUUUCUCUCUCUUUCUCUCUCUAGGUUUUCAUUUCAGAUAUUUGCAGAAAGCAAACACAUAACCUUAGAUUUUGCUCUCUCUCUCUCUCUCUCUCUCUCUCUAGAGGAGAUGAAGACUUGGAAACUGCGAGGUUUUGGACUCCACAAGCACAGCGAGGCCAGGGACAGAAAAAACCGUCGUUUUCAGGAGCCUCUGGCCCAAUUGGAUGAGCUUUCUAAGGCUUCUCAGGACAUGCAAGACAUGAGAGAUUGCUACGAUAGCCUACUUUCUGCUGCUGCAGCUACAACAAACAGUGCAUAUGAGUUCUCGGAGUCGUUACGGGAAAUGGGUACUUGUCUUCUUCAGAAAACUGCAUUGAAUGAUGAUGAAGACAGUGGAAGAGUUUUGCUAAUGCUGGGAAAACUGCAGUUUGAACUCCAGAAACUUGUUGAUAACUAUCGCUCUCAUAUUUUCCGGACAAUCACAAUCCCAUCAGAAUCCCUUCUUAAUGAACUUCGAACGGUUGAGGAGAUGAAGAAGCAAUGUGAUGAAAAAAGAGGUGUAUAUGAACACAUGAUAACAAGACACAGAGAAAGGGGAAGGUUGAGAAGCAAUAAAGGAGAAACAUUUUCUCCACAGCAGUUGCAAGUGGCUCAUGAUGAAUAUGAUGAGGAGGCAACCUUAUUUCUAUUCCGUUUGAAGUCUCUGAAGGAAGGACAAUCCCGAAGUCUUCUUACACAGGCAGCUCGGCACCAUGCUGCUCAGUUGUGUUUCUUCAGAAAGGCUGUUACAUCGCUUGAGACAGUUGAUCCACAUGUCAAAUUGGUCACUGAACAGCAACAUAUUGAUUAUCAGUUCAGUGGACUUGAUGAUGAUGGGGGUGAUGAUGAUAAUGAUGACGACUAUGAUGAUGACAGUGAUAGCUAUGAUGAUCAUGAUGAUGGCGAGUUGAGUUUUGACUAUGGACCAAAUGACCUACCGCAUGAUAUUUCUACAAGAAACUCAAUGGAGUUGGAUCACGUGGACCUUACAUUUCCGCAAGUUGCUACAGUGGACAUACCAAAGGAAAAUCUAGACAAAAUCCCUGAUAGGGAUUCUUUGGCUUUUGGUCGAGAACAAAAAACAUGCAGCCAAUCAGCUCCCCUUUUUGCUGAGAAAAAAGUUGAUCCUGCUGAAAGGUUUAGACAUAUGCGGCAAUUAUCCACAAGGAAGUUCCACACUUACGUGCUACCAACACCAGAUGAGACAAAGGGUCAAGUUUCUACAGGAUUAGAUUCUCAAAUUCCUCAAACAAGACGGGCAAGUAUCAGUGGGGGUGUACCUAAUUUAUGGCAUUCGUCUCCUUUAGAACAGAAAAAAUAUGAGAAGAUUUUGGGAGAUGAGAAAUUGCCUAGGCCCACUGUUAUAAAUACACAUGCAGUACUCAAGGAGAGCAACAACAACACUACAUCCAGUCGGUUACCGCCUCCUUUGUCUGAGGGACUCUCAUUGCCACAGAUUGAUCGUCGUGCUUCUGAUACUAAAAAAAUUAAAAGACAAGCUUUCUCUGGUCCAUUGUCUAAUCAGUCAUGGCUAAACAAGUCUGUUUUAUCUUCCAGAGAACCUGUCAUCUCAAAAGUACACCCUCUGCUGUUUUCUGGACCUAUUUUGCGCACUCCAUUGCCUCUGUCAUCAUCACCCCCCAAAGUAUCUCCUACUGCUUCCCCUCCCUUUAUGUCAUCACCGAAAAUAAGUGAGCUUCACGAGCUUCCUAGACCGCCAGCCAAUUCAAACUCCAAGUUAGCUGCCAGACCAUAUUUAGUCACUCAUUCAUCCCCCUUGAUGUCAAAAGGUCAAGAGCAUCCUGCUACAAAUAAAUUUGUGGUUUCCAAUGCAGCAUCUCCUCUGCCAACGCCUCCUCAGACCGUCCCUCGCAGUUUCUCGAUACCCUCCAGAGGUCAAAAAGCGACUCUAUUACCUGUGUCCGAGGUAUUGGAAGCACCUCCCAAAUCGAAGAUGGCUGAAGAUAUUGCUUCACCUCCUUUGACACCAAUUUCCUUAUCAAUUGUCCAGCCAUCAUCAACUGCUUCUGAGACUGUCAUUCCAGUUGGUCAAAGCAGAGGUGCCAGGUUGAUUUGAAUCGAUGCUGUUCUGGAAAUAUCUUCUUCUUACAACCUGUCAACUGAUAUUAUGGGGCCAAAGACCUGAUUCUCAUUAUCAGAAAGCAAACGCCAAACUCAGCAAACACAGCCUUGUGGAAUUUUAAGCUUGGGAAAGGUUUUUGAGGCCAAGUUUUCGUCACUCUCAACAACGUCAGGAGUCUUCCUAGCCAAAACAUCGUCCCUCCACUGGAUCCUACCAAUUUCUGUAACUAUUGACUGGAAAUUUCGGCUUUUCCUUACUGUAAUUUAGAAGUUUGUAUCUUGUGAUUUUGUUGAUAGGUGUUUCUAAUAUUUGUGUUGUGCCUAGAUUUUGUACAGAAGUAAGUUUUAGCGAGUAUAUGACCAAUUUUCCCCCUGCAAUACACAACACCUUGGCUGAA